AUGCCUUUGAAACGAGGGCGCCAAGCGCUAGAUACGCUCUUGCAAGCAUCAGAUACAUCUUUGCCGUCCUCUUCUGCAAACGCAAUCGUGCUCAAUGGCACCUCGCUCGAUUCCGUGCCAUCCUCCGAUGCAAAACCCACCGCCAACUCGACGAUGAGACGCCUGAGUAACUUCAUUUCCAACGCAUUAUCUCCAUCUUCGCGCAAGCGCCAAAAGCUUAACGACCAUACAGUCUCCAAUGGUCAACUCCUGAUCACUCCCGAUUCCAUAACGCCAGAUUCCGCAUCAACCUCGAUGCCCACCAGCGGCUUUGUAGACCUCACUUCUCGCGGAUCACCUUCCUCGACAGCAGCAUCCACCAAAUCAGAUACCCGAGCCCUACUUCCGUCACAAGAGGGUGCAAUCCGCGAUCCGCUUGGCCGCACAUCACCCCGGUCAUCAUCACCAUCGCCAAACACUUCUUUCGCUCUCAUCACAAAUACCCGCAGCUCGUCCGAAGACGCUGCAGAAAUGCAGAUCCAGCACACCUCUCUUCCCUCUAGUCCGGCUACUCCGGUCAAAGCUGUCGACCUUGAUCUCGAACAAGGGCCCGAGGCUGAGCCAGAGUCGGCUCCUGCUCACUUCCAGUCCCUCGUCACAGACUCGCAAUCUGAUUGCCCCGUCGACGAUGCUGGCAACGUGGCAGAGCAAGAAGGUCCUACCGAUGCUGACGUCGAUCACAUCCAGACCCUCGCAGACGCCAAGGUUGGAGAGCAGAUUGAAGGUCUGCUCGACUGGUCAAGAUCUCUGAGCAGCAAUGAGCCGCAUCCUCCCAGUGCGCCAGCAUCCGACAUAGGCGAUCUUACAGUCAAAUCGCCAAAUCUCGAGCAAGGUGCUGUUACUCCCGAAGGCUCUAGCGCCAAUGGUCCCCAGAAUCAUAGCGCCGAAGUCGUAGACCUGGUCUCUGACUCGGACGACAGCAACUCGGUCAACGAGGAUCCAGACAAAGAAAAUGAUGUGUCCCUCGUCAGUGCCACUCCGCGUCUCGACUCGGAUAUCUCCUGGUCAACCUAUCCUGCUCAGGGCAGCGCUCAAGAGGCUCUGCGCGCUUCCAGCUCGAGGCACUCUUUCGUCGGUCCCUUGGCACAAAAAGUUCAGCGCGAACAACGCCAAGAACCCCAAUCCGAAUCUCGACCCAGCUUCACGCCAGCAGCAGCCAACGACCUCGAGCUGGCAGACAUAUCUGCCACAGAGGAGGUCCGCAGCAUCGGUCGUCAGAGUCGCUUCGUCCAACCCAGUCGUCGAAGCGCUCCGCAACAUUCCACCCCUUUGCAGAACGAGCGACCAAGUCGGGCCGACCGCUCCUUGUCAUUCAGCAGUAAUCUCUCGCUCCCCUCCGUUUCGGCCUUCUCGGCUGCGACGUCCAGCUCAGGUGUGUACAAGAAGCGAAGUCCCAUCUACAACAAGAAGCAUAAGCGCGAAGUUGGGCGCCAAAGAGAGCAUGCGAUCCAGCGCAGUAUCGAAAUUGCACUUCGAAGCAUCAACAACCUGCGUUCGUCCGACCGCAAGCCGUUGUUCCAACCCAAGCAGUUCCAUGAACUUGCUGCCAAGACGCAGCAGGUGCACGCGCUCAUCGCUGCGGACAACCCCAAGCAUGCUCAACAAGCUCAUUUUCUCGAAGAGAUGAUGAAGAAGUUCAUGCGACGACAGCGCGAUGCUGGAACAGCCGUAUUGCCGGUUUCACAGGUCAAGUUGCGCGAGAAAGAGAGGAUCGAUAGAGAGAUCAGGGCUAGGGAAAGGAAAAUCAGAGGCAUCCUGGGAAGGAAGCCACUUCCUGACCAGAUGGACGGUGAGGAAGAACAAGGAGCAAACACAGCUUUCAGCAAGCGAGGCGUUGUUUCCACCGUCCAAGGUGCGCAGGUUUCUGACUUUGACGUGGCAAAGCUGCGUCCGAGACAGUGGCUCAACGACGAGGUCAUUAACUUCUAUGGAACGCUUAUCCUCAACCGCGCCAACGACGCCGACAAGAAGCGCACAGCAGCCCUUGCAGCGGCAAAGGAUGCACCUGUUUCCCCUACACCUAUCAGCAAGAGCAGCAAGAAGGGCGACAAGAACAAACCCAAGCGACCGUACGACAAGUCUCUCGACGCGUUCUGGCGUGUCCACUUUUUCAGCUCCUUCUUCUGGACCAACUUGAAGAGCAAAGGCUUCGACGGCGUCAAACGCUGGACGCGCCGCAUCGACAUCUUUGCUAAGGACAUCAUCCUUUUCCCGAUCAAUCUCGGCAAUGCGCACUGGGUGUGUGGUGCCAUCAACAUGCGCAAGCAUCGCUUCGAGUACUACGACUCGUUGGGAGCUUUCAACCAGAGCGCCUUCGAGCUCAUGCGCACCUACAUCACCGAAGAGGCACGAGACAAGAAGAAGAAGGAGAUCGACCUGCGCGGAUGGCGCGACCACUUUAGCAGUGAAAGCCCGCAGCAGGAGAAUGGGUACGAUUGCGGCGUGUUUGCCUGUCAGACGCUCGAGCAGAUCAGCCGGCGUGAUUACCACACGCCCAUCCCGCUCGGCGCGCCUGCGAUCGUGUGGAAGGGUGGCAGCUUGGACGAGGGCGCCGAAAAAUUGAAUCUCGGAGAGACGGAUGGUGAUGGCGGAGAGGGCGAUUCGGAUGGCGACGAGUACGAGUGGAAUUUCAGCCAGCAGAACAUGCCCUACUUGCGCCGAAGGAUGGCGUACGAGAUAUACUCGCAGCAGCUGCUUGGGUAA